CGAGCCCCGAUUGGUCCUGCUGGACGUCCGUCUGCCGCAAUCCCCGCCCCAAUCCGGAAGCGGCGAGAUCCCAGGGGUCCCACAGCCGGUGGGUCCAGGCCAUGGGGCAACCCUGGGCGGCUGGAAGCGCGGAGGGGGCGCCCGCGCGGCUGCCUCUGGUGCUCACGGCGCUGUGGGCUGCAGCCGUGGGCCUGGAGCUGGCUUACGUGCUGGUGCUGGGGCCCGGGCCUCCUCCGCUGGGACCCCUGGCCCGGGCCUUGCAGCUCGCGCUGGCCGCCUUCCAGCUGCUCAACCUGCUGGGCAACGUGGGGCUCUUCCUGCGCUCGGAUCCCAGCAUCCGGGGCGUGAUGCUGGCUGGCCGCGGUCUGGGCCAGGGCUGGGCUUACUGCUACCAGUGCCAAAGCCAGGUGCCACCCCGCAGCGGGCAUUGCACUGCCUGCCGCGUCUGUAUCCUGCGUCGGGACCACCACUGUCGCCUGCUGGGCCGCUGCGUGGGCUUCCGCAACUACCGGCCUUUCCUGUGCUUGCUGCUGCAUGCGGCCGGGGUCCUCCUCCAUGUCUCGGUGCUGCUGGGCCCCGCCCUGGCGGCCGUGCUGCAAGCCCACACGCCCCUCCACACCACCGCCCUCCUGCUGCUGCCCUGGCUCAUGCUACUUUCAGGCAGAGUGUCUCUGGCACAGUUCGCCCUGGCCUUCGUGAUGGACACGUGCGUGGCGGGUGCGCUGUUGUGUGGGGCUGGGCUGCUCUUCCACGGCAUGCUGCUUCUGCGGGGCCAGACCACAUGGGAGUGGGCUCGGGGCCAGCACGCCUAUGACCUGGGCCCCUGCCACAACCUGAAGGCAGCCCUGGGGCCCCGCUGGGCCCUUGUCUGGCUCUGGCCCUUCCUGGCCUCUCCAUUGCCUGGGGACGGGAUCACCUUCCAGACCACAGCUGAUGCGGGACGCAUGGCCUCCUGACUCCAAGAAGGGCCGGAACUGCACAGGGAGGAGGGGGCGGUGGGUGCCCCACUUCCAGACCCAGGAAGGAAGUUGGGUUGGCCCUAAUGCCUACACUGGGCAACUUCUGCCCCUUUCUUGGCCUUGCCCCUGCCCAGCUUGGACUCCUGUGUGUCCAGGGCU